AUGGCUGAUGACCAAGUCCCAUGCUAUCAAAGCUUUGUUACAACAACCGAUCCCCUCUGGCAGAAUAUCCCAGUGGUUGUUACAAUUGUCACAGACUUGAGAAUGGGGACACCUAGGGCGGUGAAAAGCCAGGCUAUAGCAGAUCUAUUGGCACAGUUUCCAAGAGAGGAAGAAUUCCCGCUAGAUGAUGAAGUUCCAAGGGAAGUAUCCGUGGCAGAAGAGGUCAGAGAACAAUGGGUAAUGAAAUUUAAUGGGUCUUUUAUUGCCCAGUCUAGAGGGGUGGGAGUAGUCUUGUAUCAUGAAGAAGACAAGGCAGUGGCGCUAUCGUUCAAACUAGAAUUCCCCUGUUCAAACAACACGGCAGAAUACGAAUCCUACCUAACCGGGCCAGCCACGGCUCUCGAAAUGAGAGUCAAACAUUUGAGAGUAUUGGGAGAUUCAAACCUGGUUGUUUGCCAGACCAAGGGAAGCUUUUCCUUAAAAGAGCCCAGCCUAGCCCCAUACAGAGCAAUGGCCCAGAGGAUGGAAGAAAAAUUCUCAACCUUCGAAAUAGAGCAUGCUCCAAGGAACGAAAACCGGUUUACGGAUGCAUUAGCUGCACUGGGGUCACAAAUAAUUUUCGAAGGGGAUAGCACCAGGAUAGAAGUCAGCAAAAGGGAAUAA